AUGACAGGAGCUGCUCGCCGCUUUCUGAAGGCCGCUUUCCUCUUUCUUGCACUGACUGCCUCUCUGGGCGCGGCCCAGCCCCCCCCCGGCCCUUCGGGCUCUUUUUCUUUUCCCCAGAACUACCCAGGGGCUUCUGCUGCUGCUGCUCCUGGGGCUGCAGCAGCUGUUCCAAAUGAGCAGCAAGCUGCGCUUCCUGCAGCCGACAGAGGCCCUCCCGGGCCCCCCGAAGUGACGGAUGCUGCUGCUGCUGCUGCUGCUGCUGCUGCUGCAGCUCCUGCUGCAGCCAAUGCGCCUCCAGCAGGCGCCGAAGGCGCAGCUGCCGGAGGGCCGCCGGGCGCGGCCGCGCCCGGCGGCGGCGCAGCAGCAGCCCCAGCAGCAGCCCCAGCAGCAGCAGCAGGCCCUGCAGCAGCAGCAGCAGGAGCAGCAGCAGCAGCAGGGGGGGCGCAGGGAGGCUCGCUGCUGCAGCAGCUGACGGAGUUUCGCUCGCGGCACCGAAAAACAACUGACGGGAGACUUUGCGCAGCGGCGUUUGUGCACGAGGGGCAGACCUUCACGGACUGUACAGACACCCGGUCCCCCGAAGGCUCUUCAGAUGCCCUCCGCGCUUUCGUCAGGAAAGAAUUCGACGCCGUUUUCGCCGCGAACGAACAAAUGACUGCAUGCGGGGCUGGCCACGCUGCAGUGAAGGAGACCACUGGUCACGUGGAGAGCCGGCUGCGGCGGGGAAUGGAGUGUCUGGAAAGACUGGAAGAUUCUUUUCAACAAUUGGGACUUCAAGAUUAUGAAGACGAACCGCUGCCGGAUGGACUCCGGGGAGCCUAUUUUGCAAACGACCGCUUCCGCGCGCCGGCCGCGGCGUACCGAAACGACCGCAAGAUCGAUUUCCAGUUUUUUGCAGAAGGGCCCAUCGAGGGCGUUGCUCCUUUUUCUUAUUCGAUUCGGUGGGACGGGUUCCUGUUGGCGCCGCACAGCGGGCCGUUCGUGUUCACGACGGUCAUCGUGGACCGCAUGCCGCAGCCGACGCGCGCGGAAGAGGCUUUUGGCUUCAACUCCGUUUCUCUCGUUUCUCCCGAAGAAGUUUCCAAAAUUAAAAAAACAGAAUCGCAAAAAACGGAACUUGUCGCGGGCGAGAAGUACCGCAUUCGGCUCGAGCUGGUGCACUCGAGCCACUUGAAGUACGGGCGCCCGGACACUGGGGUUCUGAGGCGAGCAGUUUCGCGAACUUGGCUGCAGUUCUUCUUUUUGAAUUCCAUUUCAAUUUUAAUUUGCAAUUUCUUCUUUUUGAAUUUCAUUGCAAUUUUAAUUUGCAACUUCUCAAACAGACUCCUGUGGAGGAGCGGCUCGAGGGAGUCCGAGGUGGUUCCCGAGAAGUACUUCUUCUCAACCAACGCCUCGCCGACGACGAAGUUCUCGGGACUGGACCCGAAACUCUUCGAAACGGGCUUUUUGCGGGACGGAGUGCAGCCCUUCGUGGACAACAAAGACCACUUCCUGGCGGACGUAAAAGCCGAAAUUUCGGAAACUUUUGUAAAUGGAAUGGACAGCGGGGGUUCUUUUGAAUUCCUGGGGAGUGUCUGUACACCUGCGUGGCAGCAGCAGCAAGCUGCUGCUGCGGAGCGUCGGAAAUGCGAUCAAAAUCUCGAAACUCUCCCCGAAAUCUCCCCCCUCCAAGAGGGCCUCCAGUUCGUCGCCGUCUGCCCCCCCCGCUGCCUGGGGGCCCCCGGGGGCCCCGGGGGCCCCCUUUUUGGGUCUUUUGUGUUUUCCCCGUCUUCUUCUCUUUGUGCUGCUGCCAUUUUCUCGGGAAUCUGCAAGGCCGGCCCCCCCUCCGCAGCAGCAGCAGCAGCAGCAGCAGCAGCAGCAGCAGCAGCAGCAGGGGCGGAGGAGUGCAGCUUCCGGGUGUCCGUGGGGGGCCCCAAGAAGCAGUUUCAAAAGGGGUUUCGAAAUGGUCUUGCUGCUGCUGCUGAGGGCCCCUCCGACUUUUCUUUUUCUCUUUUUAAGGCCCCCUGUGGGCCCCCAAAGGAGACAGCCGAAUUUUCCCUCAACUUCCUCUUCGGCACUUCGAAGGCCCCCCAAGGCUUUCUCGCUGACGACGGCGGAGUGCACAGCAGCAAAAACGGCGUCGAAUAUGGGUGGCAGCGGCCUGCGGCUGUCACGAGGUCAGCAGCAGCAGCAGAAGCAGCAGCAAAAGCAGCAGAAGCAACAGAAGCAGCAGCAGCAGCAGAAGCUGCAGAAGCAGCAGAAGCAACAGAAGCAGCAGCAGCAGCAGAAGCUGCAGAAGCAGCAGAAGCAGCAGAAGCAGCAGCAGAAGCAGCAGCAGCAGCAGCACCAACCACCGGCGUCGUCUUUCCUUCACCUGCAAACGCCGACUGCAGCCCCGGAGCCGAAUGUCUUCCAAACUUUUGGUCUUUGAAACUUCCUUCCCCCGGGACUUACAGCGUGGAAGUGCUGCUGGGGCUUCCUUUUGAAUUUGCUGCUGCUGCUGCUGCUGCUGCACCUGCUGCUGCUGCUGCAGCUCCUGCUGCUGCUGCGCUGCACUUGGAAGUCAACGGAAAGCCCCUCGUUUCCGGAGUGCUGCUGCACAAGGGAGAGGUCUAUGCGGCAGCAGCAAAAGUGGAGAGCCGCGAGGGUUUGCUGCUGCUGUCUUCGCUGGGCAGCAAAAAUGCCUUUGAAGACCAAACUGCCAUUUACAAACUUUCUGUUUCUCAGCAGCAAAACAAUUAA